UUUUAUUUGUACGCUAAUAUUUUACAUUACAGUACAACGGCAUACAUUAAGUGUUUCAUCUGCCAUUAAUCCAUUAUUGUUAUCAGAACUAGACACGUACUCCGUGAAUAAGAAUGUUCUGCUGCAGAAGUUCCAAAAGGAGCAUAACCCGUCCAUGUUAAUAGGACUUCAUAAUAUUGGGUACAAAGUUCAUGACCUAAAAUUCUACAGCUUAAAAAAUGAAUAUGUGGAAAGUGACAAUUUUACAAAUGAAAAUCAAAAUCCUGCCUUUGUCAAUAACAAUACGGAACAAUUCUCAGUUAUUGAUAAAAGUCGAAGACAAGAACGAACAUUCAGUUUUAUAACUGAUUUUUUCAAUAGCCUGUUUUACUCAAAUAGUUGUAUUACACCUUGUACCGUAACAGCAUUUCAGCAAAAUCGUUGUUGCUUAACAGUUAUUGUACCUCCACCACUACCGCAAGUAUGCUGCAGUACGUCGCCAAUACGCCCACAACUUCCGCCACCACCACCACGACAACCUCCUAUAAUAGUGGUACCCCCAGUUUAUAUUCCGCCAAUUAAUUGUUGCAAUAUGUGUACUUAUAAUUAUUACGGUCCACCACCAUGUUACAAUCCGUAUGGAGCUACAAGAACAGGUAGCUAUUUUAAUUCAAUAGGUUAA